AAUACUUAUUCUGGGAAAACGGAGUGAGGGAAUGUAAUGAAAAUCUUCAAACAAGUUAUUAGCCCAUACUUAAAGCAAACAGUAUGAGUCCCUUCAAUACAUAAACUAUUUCUUUCUAGGAUAAAAGCAACAUGCUGUAGUAACAUGAACGGCAGGUGUUAUUUCCAAGUAACGUGUUUUGCGUGCUUCUCUAUGUUUAUUUGUGCUGUGACAUCCCACAGUAUGAAUGAUUCAAAGAAAUUACUUAAUGAUAGAAUGCUUACAUACGAGAAGACUUUUAGACCAGUAGAGAACCAGUCCGAGCCGAUAGAGGUAUAUAUUGGUUUUGAACUUGUUUCAAUUCAAGAAUUCAAAGAGGUUAAGGAACAGCAAACAGUAGCUGCAAUUAUAAGAGCUCAUUGGAUAGACGAAUAUAUGACAUGGGAUCCAACAGACUAUGGAGGUCUUGAUCAAUUAGUCAUCGAAAGCGACAAUGUUUGGACACCGAAUUUAGUUUUAUUAAACACUGUUGAAAAACUCAAGAAAAUAGGUGAUUCAUGGCAGCUAAUUCGCUUUUUACCGGACGGAUUUGCAUAUUAUUUUCCUGGAGACGUUUUCUCUGCGACAUGUCAAGUGGAUGUUACUUACUAUCCCUGGGACAGACAUAAAUGUAGUUUUUCUUUUGCUCCGUGGGCACAGAGUGAAACCGAAAUAAUCUUUAGUCCUAUUGGAGAUAAAGUGUUCACAACAUACUUUUCAGAAAACGGGAUAUGGCAUUUUUACAAUUCUAGCAUUGGGCAUACUCCAGGGAGCUUCUUUAUAGAUUUUACACUUUACCUCAAACGGAAACCUGUGUUUGUUCUCCUAAAUGUCGUUUUACCUAUAAUAUUUAUGGCUUUUUUAAAUACACUGGUUUUUGCCAUUCCAGUGGAAAGUGGAGAACGGAUUUCUUACAGCAUCACGGUCCUCCUGGCACUUGCUGUUUUUCUUACCUUCGUUGGUGACAACCUCCCCAAAACGUCAAGUCCUAUGUCUUUGUUCGGAUAUUACCUAUUGAUAGUUCUUAUCAUAAGCAUAAGUAUCACACUUACAACAAUAUUCAAUAUGCGCUUAUAUCACAAAGAUGAAAACAUACCUAUUCCUGACUGGAUUGUACCCUUUGUUAUGUGUUUAAAAUGUGAAUGUAGAAAUAUAAAAAACAAACGAAAGUGCAGGUCAUUAGAAAACAAAAAAGAAACAAUGGACACAGAAAACGAACAUCGUUCAAAGAAUGAAAAUGCCGUAGAUAGUUUUAAUGGGAGAAAAGCAGAGUUAGAACAUAAAAAUGAUUCGAAAAUUUUAUGGAGGGAUGUCGGUUCUGCGUUCGAUAAGAUUUUUUUUGUAUUUUAUUUUAUUACAGUAUCGGUAGCAACCAUUUGGUUUUUCAUAAAAGUUUCCGGAAACAACGAAAAUGACGUUCAUGAUUAAAAGAAAGAAAAGAAAGAAAGGACAUAACACUCCAAAACCCAACAAAUACUUGGAUAAAUAAAUUUAUGCAACAUUAUCAUUAUCUUCAUACACAUAUUCAACCAAGCGUCGCUGGAGGUAUGCUCUAUGCGAUAAUCAUGUGGAAUGUUAUAGUAAUUAUGAAAUAAUAAUUAAAAAAUGUUAAAGAUGUGCAAUAACACAAAUAAUUUUCUUUGACAAAGUAUAU